ACAGACGUGCGCAACCCAACCCGGAUGCAUGUGGUCCGCAGUGGGGUGUCUGAACCACAGAAGAUCGACGUGCCUGCUGCACACCCAGCGGGUCGACACGGGUGUAGUACAAGCCUGCGCGACGCGGAUAAAUGUUGCCUGCUCCCUACGAACAUCUUCACUGCCGCGGAAGGACCACCACCGAUGCGAUUGUUGCCAUCUCGCCACACGUGGAGGAUCUCCGUUGGAGUCGUCGUCCUUUUGUCGCACACGUGGACGUUUGCCGCCAAUCAUUCCGCCGCGGAGCAUUCUCGUCGUCAAUCUUUUUGCCGCGGAGCGCUCUCGCCGAGGUCGUCUUUCUUCUGCCGCACAAGUGUGCCUCGUCGUCUUCUUCCCGCAGAGGAGAGAUCUUCUGCGUCGUAGGGGUAUUCGUCGUCGUCGCGCCAAACCAGAACGGAUCACAUUUUUCUCGCCGGAUCGGCGGAACUUCAUAUGGCGGUCGACGAAGCACGUCCCGAUCACGGACCGCCAAGCUAGCCUGCAGACGUGUCCACGAAACAUGUCCACGCGAGGGAGCGCCCGUGGGCCGUGGUAAGAAGCGCGACGACGUCCCUGACGACAACCAAGGGCAAGGAAGAGGUCGGCGGCAUGUCCCGCAAGCGAAAAGGGCGCGUUUGGAUGAUGCGUCACCAAACUUGCCUCCUCGUCCAGCACAAGGUUGGGCGGCAGCAGCAGAAGGCGACUACGACGACGACUUGACGACUGAGAAAGAGCAUGCAGAGGCGACCCCGUCUGCAGCACGGGAGGGCGCACGGCAGCGCUCUUCUGAUCAGAGCGCUUCGAAGAGGUUGAUGACCCCUCCACGAGAGGCGCAGCAACCACGUGCCCACGAUACCCGGACAGAGAAGGCUGCCUUCGUCGAUGUGGGCGGCGACGAUGACGAGCCCUUGCACGAAUGUCGCCUGCGCAUUCUAACACAAGGCACCCCAGCGCCUGCGGCAACGGCGCGCGUUGCGGUAGACAAAAGGCGAAACACGGGCGGACUGCCCGCCACACCGUCUCAGCCACGUCAGCGCAAUCCGGGUGAUGACGGAGGAUCCGUCCAGCGUGGCGGCGGGGGGGAAGUCGUGGCAGAACCGCGCGCAGUUGGCGGCAAGGCGGCAGGUGGUGCGGGUGCGGGUGCUUUAGGCACUGUGGCCCCCGUUCCGGCGGCGAGAGAGAAUGCGGUUGUUGUUGCGACGGCGAGAGAAGAGGCGCGUGGCGAGAACAUAACUGAUCAGGACGGUGGCAACCCCGGUUCAAGUCGGGCACAUAGGGGUGUGAUGAUGAAAGAUCUCAUCGAUAGUGUCAUGCUUUGGGUUGACGACAAAGCUUUCUGGACGACGGGGGAGGGGCGAAGACUAUACAACAACGUCCACGAAAUGAAAGAGUAAUUUGUCAUCAUCGCCAGCGGCCUUUCAGCGCCUGUCGUACCUCGGAGCGUGGUCCUGCCCAAAUCCAGCACGAAGGUGGCCAGGAUCAUCGACCCAUCACAGUUGCAGCAAGCGAUC